AGAACAAACUGACUGUAAUGAUAGUCCUUUCUAAAUGACACGUAUGAAAGUUUUGAAAAAGCCAGUUCAUAGCCAUUAGUCGGACUUACUUUUUCCGUAAGGGAUAAGUAGCCUAUAAUUAGAGUGAACUUGAAAAGUAGGCCUAUACCAGAAAGCAACUGGUGCGUCCAUUAAAGGGACAGCAUCUCUAGGAGAAAAAACAAACAAACAGACGGAUCAUUGUGGCUUUCCUAAACAUUUACGUUACUGAAGAAUCGGAUGGCACAUAGUCUUUACCGUCUACUCAAGAAGAGGAGGAAAAGAUGGGGAAAGGCAUUUGUUCGAGACGACAGAGAAGAAUAUUUCAGUCUUUCCUACUUCUCAGCUUCGUCUGCGGGACGUUGUGCGCCUUCAUGAUCUCAUAUGAGAUGCAUAAAGAGCUGAAAAAGACUGAGGCGACGGCUUUGAAGUACCAGCAGCAUCAAGAGUCACUUUCUGCGCAGCUGCAAGUGGUAUACGAGCAUCAUUCUAAACUAGAGAAAUCCCUCCAGAAAGAGAGACUUGAGCAUAAGAAGGCUGAAGAGGCCUCUAUUGAUUGUCAAUACAUCAUAGAUUUCCUUGUGUUUAAGCGGGAAUCACAGAAGGCCCUCAACAAAGAAAAGCAAGAUUCAAGCUAUCGACUGAAAGCUCUGCAGACAGAGCACCAAAUACUGAAGUCCCAGCAUGAAGACUUAAAGAUGCAAUACUAUGAACUUCAAGAGAAGCACCAGAAUCAAGGGCAGGAUCAUGAACGUGUGCUGGAUGAGCACAGGCUGGAAAUAGACAACCUGCAGAGAGAGAAAGAGGUUGAAAUAUCCAGACUGAAAGAGAAUGUGUACAACCUUCGAGAGGAGAACAGACAGCUGCGGAAAGCUCAUCAGGACAUCUACACACAGUUACUUGAUGUGCAGGAACAGCACAAGAACCUGCAAGCUUCAAAAGAUCAUCUCUCACUCACAUUACAAGACCAUAAAAAUGCACUUGUUGCAGCUCAGGUGGAAGGAUAUGAGGAAAAUGGAAAAGGGUUAUCCCCUCAAGGUGUGUUGGAGAUUGAAAAUAACAAUGCGACCAAAGUGGCAAUGAAGCAGCCUCGGAAAAUUGAUAUUUUUGCUGAGGGAAACGGCAAGAAAGAGGAGAGAAGCACAUCAAAGGAUAGAGGAGGAGAGGAUAAGGGGGAAAAGGCAGUGCUGGAACAUUCCUUAUCAAACCCAGAAGAGCUGGGCAUUAACCCUCGCAAGAACACACUAAGCCAAAGCCCGGAGAGACAGACACAGACGGAGCCACUUCACAGAACUGAAGUACACUUUGAGGCUUUGGAUACAGUUAUUGCUGGAAAUGCUGUGCAAUCACAUCAUGCUUUGGCUGGACGAGAAGAUGCAAAAGAUGUAGAGGACACUCAAAAGCAUGACAAGGACCUAGGAGGAAAAAACCUGAACAUUGAGAAUGAGGCCAAAAAUCAGAACGAAGAUGAAUUUAAAGAGGCAAAAGAAGAAACCGAGUACAAGACCAAUGCGAAGAAGAUCAGGCCUGAAGAAGAUGAGCAGCUUGUGGUGGCAGGCAAUCCAGAGCAGCAAGAGGACCAGCCGGAUGAGCAAUAUGAAGACGAUGUAGUGGAUGAGACUGUUGAUGACUCAGUUCAUGACAGACAGAAGAGAGCAGAGGAGGAAGAGAGUGAAGAAGAAGAUCCCUACAGUGAACGUAAUGGAGCACGGGGCCACAACAAAGUGAAUAAAAAACCAGAAGCAGAAACCGAUACCAAUCAGGAGAGCUUCCAAGAAACAUUGAUAAAAAGAGGAUGAAGAAGAUGGAAAGCAAUCAAAAACUGAUUUUAUCAAAUGUGAAUAUGACUGCUUCUAGUGUCUACUGAGUGGCUUUACACGUCUCUUCUUGACUGGCAGAUAACUGAAGUGCAACAACUGUGAUCACUUUUUUUUUUAGAAGUGACUACUUAUGUAAGUGCCUUGUACUUCUAAGUACAAGGAUUUGUUUAGCAUUUAUAUUUAAUCAAAGCAUUGUAUCUUCAUCUUAUUAAAUGAUAUGAAAACUUGGUAAACAUG